CGCGGCGCGGACUCGGGCCGGCUGGGAGCGAGCGGGUCGGUGGUCGCGGGCCCCGGGGUGGUCGCGGGCCCCGAGCCCGAGCUGGGCGCGGGCCCGGAGGACUGAGCAGGCGGCCGCCCGGCUCUGCCACCAAGAUGUCGUAUUUUGGGGAACAUUUUUGGGGCGAGAAAAACCACGGCUUCGACGUGCUGUACCACAGCGUGAAGCAGGGGCCCGUGGCCACCAAGGAGCUGGCCGACUUCAUCCGGGAGAGGGCCACCAUCGAGGAGAGUUACUCCAAAGCGAUGGCAAAGCUUUCCAAGUUGGCCAGCAACGGAACGCCCAUGGGGACCUUCGCCCCGCUCUGGGAGGUCUUCCGGGUGUCGUCGGACAAGCUGGCACUCUGCCACCUGGAGUUGACUCGCAAACUGCAGGAGCUCAUCAAGGAUGUGCUGCGCUAUGGGGAAGAGCAGCUCCGAGCCCACAAAAAGUGCAAAGAAGAGGCAGUGGGCACCCUGGAUGCCGUCCAGAUGCUCACGGGGGUCAGCCAGCUGCUGCCCAAGUCUCGAGAGAACUACCUGAAUCGAUGUAUGGAUCAGGAGCGGGUGCGCAGGGAGAGUGCCAGCCAGAAGGAAUUGGACAAGGCAGAAACCAAGACCAAGAAGGCAGCAGAGAGUCUGAGGCGCUCAGUGGAGAAAUAUAACUCAGCGCGCACAGACUUCGAGCAGAAGAUGCUUGAUUCGGCACAGCGCUUCCAAGCCCUGGAGGAGUCGCACCUGCGGCACAUGAAGGCGCUGCUGGGCUCCUAUGCGCACUCGGUAGAGGACACACACGUGCAGAUCGGGCAGGUGCACGAAGAGUUUAAGCAGAACAUCGAGAACGUCAGCGUGGAGAUGCUGCUGCGGAACUUCGCCGAGAACAAGGGCACGGGCCGGGAGAAGCCGGGACCCCUGGACUUUGAGGCUUACAGUGCUGCUGCCCUGCAGGAAGCAAUGAAACGCCUGCGCGGAUCCAAGGCAUUCCGCCUGCCUGGGCUGAGCCGGCGUGAGCGGGAGCCCCCGGCAGCCACGGGCUCCCUGGAAGCUGAUUCGGGGGCGUGUCCGGAGGUGGACGAAGAAGGGUUCACGGUCCGGCCCGACGUGAUUCAGAACAGCGCGGCAGAGCCCUCCCGCUUCUCCUCCAGCGACUCGGACUUCGACGACGAGGAGCCCCGCAAGUUCUACGUGCACAUCAAGCCCGCGCCGGCCCGGCCCGCCACCUGCAGCUCCGAGGCGGCCGCGGCACAGCUCCGGGCCACGGCGGGCAGCCUCAUCCUGCCCCCGGGGCCUGGGGGCACCAUGAAGCGCCAUUCCUCACGAGACGCCGCUGCUAAGCCACAGAGGCCGCGCUCAGCCCCACGCACUGGCAGCUGUGCGGAGAAGCUGCAUUCCGAGGAGCCGCUUUCCAAGAGCCUCUUCGGGCCCCCCCUGGAGUCGGCGUUUGACCAGGAAGACUUUACGGGCUCCAGCAGCCUGGGCUUCACCUCCAGCCCCUCGCCUUUCUCUUCCUCUUCGCCCGAGAACGUGGAGGACUCGGGCCUGGACUCCCCUUCGCACGCGGCGCCUGGCCCCUCGCCCGAGUCCUGGGUCCCCCGCCCCGGCACCCCGCAGAGCCCCCCUGGCUGCAGGGCGCCGCCCCCCGAGGCCAGGGCCCUGCGACCCCCGCCGCCGCCCUCGGACUCGCCGCAGCCCUUCUCGGGCCUCUGGGGGCUGGAGGCCGGGGCUGGAGAGCUGAUACCUACGCCCACGGAUGUGCCCACGGCCAGGGAGGGCCUGGCCGCCCCUCCCCGGAGACCCCGCUCCGCCAAGGCCGCCUGUCCACUCGCCCGCAGCAACGGAGACCUGACUCGCUCCCUCAGCCCCUCGGCUCUGACCCCGGCCGCCCCCAGCACCGCCAUAGAGAGGCCCAGCUUCCCGCCCCAGCCGGGCCAUGGCGUCUCGCGGGGCCCCAGCCCGGUGGUCCUAGGCUCCCAGGACGCCCUGCCGGUGGCCACGGCCUUCACCGAGUACGUGCACGCCUACUUCCGCGGCCACAGCCCCAGCUGCCUGGCGCGUGUGACCGGGGAGCUGACCAUGACCUUCCCCGCGGGCAUCGUGCGCGUCUUCUGCGGGACACCACCCCCGCCCGUGCUCAGCUUCCGCCUGGUGCACGCGGCCCCCAUCGAGCACUUCCAGCCCAACGCUGACCUGCUCUUCAGCGACCCUUCGCAGAGCGACCCCGAGACCAAAGACUUCUGGCUCAACAUGGCCGCGCUGACCGAGGCCCUGCUGCGCCAGGCCGAGCAGAACCCGGCCGCGUCCUACUACAACCUCGUGCUGCUGCGGUACCAGUUCUCCCGGCCGGGGCCCCAGGCGGUGCCGCUGCAGCUGAGCGCCCACUGGCAGUGCGGAGCCAGCCUCACGCAGGUGUGCGUGGAGUACAGCUACCGGCCGGGCGCCACCGCCGUGCCCACGCCGCUCACCAACGUGCAGAUCCUGCUGCCCAUGGGGGAGCCCGCCACCAACGUCCGCCUGCAGCCGGCUGCCACCUGGAACCUGGAGGAGAAGAGGCUCCUUUGGAAACUUCCGGACGUGUCUGAGGGGGGCGGGUCCGGCCGCCUGUCCGCCAGCUGGGAGCCCCGUGCGGGACCCAGCACCCCCAGCCCCGUGGCCGCCCAGUUCACCAGCGAGGGGGCGACCCUGUCCGGGGUGGACCUGGAGCUGGUGGGCGGUGGCUACCGCAUGUCCUUGGUGAAGAGGAGGUUCGCGACAGGGAUGUACCUGGUUAGCUGCUGAGCCCUUCGCCGUCCUUCCCGUGGACACCUGGUGCUCCCUGCCAGCCCUGCCGGGACCUGGGGGCCC